AUGUUCUGGCUAGUACUUUUUGGUUGUGUAUUUACUGUAUGCACCUCAGUGCUCACUACUGACAGGUAUUUUUCCUUCAAAAUGCAUAAAAACACAUUUCCCUUCGUUUUACUUAUAUUGACAUUGAACAUGAUGCUACUGCUGGGAACAGACUUCCUUUUACCGUUUGAUGUUUUUCAAGCAUCUGCUGUUGGUAGCAAUGGCCAUACAAACAAGCCACUUAAUGAAACGACUGUACAGGAACUGUCUCAUCUACGAAAGAGAUCCAAUAACGUUCGGUUUUUCGAGAUAAUCUGGCCAUUGAUUUAUUGGUUACAAUUUGCAUUUUGCUGGUUUUUGAUACCGGUUGGUAUUUCCUACAUUUCGUUGAAAUAUGCGUUACCCAGAGAUGACCGUCGUGAGAGGUUUAUCAAGUCUAUUUUGCAGAAUGUGAAAUUCUAUUCUUUGUGUUUGUUAGGGAUAAUAAUAGGUUCAUUGUACCUAAUAAUGAGCACUGGCCACAAUCUUUUAGAAUUCAAGUCAUUAAUUAUCACAUUAUCCCACCUAUACUCCCUGAGUUAUACGCUAAUAUUACUCUCUACGGGGUUGAUUAUUUUACCGAGGGAUCUGAUUAAUUCUGUAAAAGUUCCAAGUGCCAUAUCUAAUAACAAACUCUUUGUUGUACUGAGUAAAACGAAUGAUGAUGUUAAUGAUUCUCAGUUGAACCUUGUAGAUAAUGCCGAUUUGAUAUUAAGUUCGAACGAGUUAAACAAUGGUGAUGUUACUUUCAACCAACUGUUAAAUGAAUGUAAAAUCGAAAUUGAGUCAAAAUUAGAUGAUCUGAAGAUUUCAACGGCAAAUAGAGUGUCAACAGAGUUGCCCAAACCUAUUACCAACCUAAGAAAACUGAACAGUACAUACAAUAAGUUCAUUAACCAUUAUUAUAACUAUAUCUACUACCAAAAUCAUUCCAAUUCAAUCAUACACACAUUAGCACAAACACAAUCAAAUUCAAUAAACAAUUUAAAAAAAAUUGCUGUGUUCAUCAUAGGCCUAAUUGCAACUAUCUUAUCAUUUUUAAUCAUUAUAUGCGAAAUAUUACCAAAAAAGAUGAACUUUCUUGACAAGUGGUUGUUCCAUAAUGGUGACAAUUAUUACAAUUUCCUCAUAAUCUUCACGAUUUUGUCAUAUAAUACAAUUUCUUCACUAUAUGCCAUGAGUAAAUUCAAAUUCAAUAAUUUUCAUCUAAUUUCAAACGGUAACAGUAAUCCUUCUAACGUUUUUUACUAUUCCUUAUACUCAAGUAGAUUAUUGUUCCCUUUAUGCUUCAAUUUGAUCACAUUAUUACCAAACAAUCAAAAGCGAUCGACUUUUCAGAUAAUACUAUUCGAUAGACUAAACGUUAUACCCCUGGUGAAGUUCUUGAACAAUUACUUACCAAUGAUUUUUAUGGUGUUAAUUCCAUUGAGUUAUAGAUUUGACUUGAAACAAAAAAUUUUGCUCAAUAUUCUUGGUGAAGAGUUCUAUUACCAAUUUUUUGGCAUGAUGUUAUAUGAUCCUUUGAAUGAACCAACUUCCACAAACGCAGAGCCUGCUGUUGAUGCUGUUACGGAAGGUAGGUAUAAUAUGAAUGAAGAUUACGAAUAUUCCUUACAAGAUGGUAAGUAUUUAUUUGAAAGGGCCUCAACACAAUUCAAUUUGAAUGUGCCCGGUAAGAAUAUCCCAUUAAACGAAACCCCAUUGAACAUUUAUAAUGACGCUAACCCUUCUCGAAAUACCAGUACAAAUAACUUGACUUAUCUGUAA